CCCUUCCCUGUAGGAUCCAGCAGGAAGGUCUGGAUCAAGUUACAAAGAAGAUGAGGAUUUCCUUCCACCCGCACUGUGCCAUGGGCAACCCCUGUCUGUCCAGUUACCUCAUUUUCUUUUUUACUGUCCAUGUUUCUACACUGGAACCAGUGAAUUUCAAGGUGAUUGGACCUGAUCAUCCCAUCAUGGUCUCUGCAGGUGAAGAUGCCCUGUUACCCUGUCACCUCUCCCCCAGCACGAGUGCUCAAGGGAUGGAGGUGCGCUGGUACCGAUCCAAGUUCUCUGAACCUGUCCAUCUGUAUCAGCAUGAAAAAGAUCAGGCUGAGCAGCAAAUACCAAAUUAUCAGGGCAGAACAGAGCUGCUGAAGGAUGGUAUUGUGGAUGGAAGUGUUGUCCUGCAUAUACGCAACAUCACCCCCUCUGACCAUGGGCAGUUUAUCUGUUUCUUCCGAUCAAGCAGCUUUUAUGCGGAAGCCACUUUGGAACUGAAGGUGGCAGGUCUGGGCUCUACUCCUCGCAUCACUAUCGACAGCUACCAGAGCGGAGGGAUCCACGUGGUGUAUGAAUCUGCUGGAUGGUACCCGGAGCCCCAGGUGCAGUGGAGAGAUCUCAGUGGGCAGCACUUACCAUCCCUAACAGAAAAAAUAACUCAACAUGAUAACGGCCUGUUUGAAGCACAAAUUUCCAUUAUUGUAACGGAAACUUCCAGUCAGGAUCUGUCCUGCUCUGUCAGGAACUCCCACCUCAACCCAGGGAAAGAAUCUGUGGUCUACAUCGCAGAUCCAUUCUUCCUGAGGGGCUACCCCUUUAAGGUGGCUAUGUACGUACUCCUGGUUGUUGUGGGUUUGCUCACUUUCACAGCAAGCUACUUCUUCUGGAAGCAGAACAAGGCAAAAGGGAAACUCGUUGCUGACCUUGGUAAGUGUCAUAACCCUCUCCCUGCUAUAAACUUUGUUCCUUGUUCCACCAGGGGAUGGAACUUCCCUGAUCCACGCACCCUCCUGAAAAAGCUCCAGGUUAAGCUUGGAAAGCUCGAGGCUGAGCUUAGAUGGAGAAAAACUCAAGUAUGUGAAGAAGUGAAGGUGACUCUGGAUCCAGACACAGCUCAUCGUGGGCUCAAGCUGUCAGAGGACCAGAAGACUGUGACAUGGGAAUCCAAACAUCAGGAUCUACCUAACAAUCCCGAGAGAUUUGACGAAGUUUUCUGUGUGCUGGGUUCUGAGGGAUUCACAUCAGGAAAAAUUUAUUGGGAAGUGGAGGAGAUAGGGAGAAUCUGGGCCGUAGGGGUUGCCAGAGAGUCUGUGAGGAGGAAGGGACAAAUCAAAUUUACCCCCGAGGAGGGGAUCUGGGGGAUAGAACAGUCCAGGGGUCACUACUCACUGCUCACCACCCCUGAGAUCCCCCUGCCACUGUGUGAGACACCCAAGAAGAUACGGAUCUAUGUAUACUAUGAAAAGGGGCAAGUGGUAUUUUUCAACCCAGAUAAUGGUGAUCUGAUCGCCAGUCUCACAGCUUCUUUCAAUGGGGAGAAAAUAUUCCCCUUCUUCUGGGUCUGUUCCCACCUCACACUAACCACCUGAGACA